CCCCCGCCUCCCGCCUCCCCUCUUCCCACGGGCGGCAGCGCGCACCGGCGCGGCGCCGGGGCAGGCGGGCGGCGCGAGCGGCCCCGCACGGCGGGGGCGGGGCGGGACCGCACCGGGCAUCCCCCGGCGGCAGCCCGGGGCUCGCCUCGCCGUCCCCGGCUCCCUGCGCACCCCUGCCACCCCCGCCCUGUGCGUCGAGGCAUCCCCGCACCGUCCAUCUCUGUGCACCGGGCAGCCCCCGUUAGCCCGGUGCCACGGGGCGCCCCAUCGGCUCCCUGCGCCGUCCCCCCCCGCCAGCCCGGGGCACCCCGUUCCCUCCCUGCCCCUGUGCCCUGCGCAUUGGGGCUCUCCCAUCACCCCCGUCUCUGUGCCCAGUGAAUGGGGCCACCAGUCCCCAGGGCACCCCCGGCACCCCCAUCGCUCUCGGGCCCCUCACCCUCCCAUCGCUCCCCAUCCCCAGCACGCUGGGACACCGCCGUGCAGCGGGGCACCCUCACAUCCUGCGUGCUGGGGUCCCCCCAUCCUCCCUGCACCCCAGGGAUCGCACUGCCGGUCCCGCUGAUGUGCCCUGCUCCCCGCCUGCCCGGGGGAUGGUCCCCGGGUGGGUGCUGGCCCCUGUGUGUGUGUUGGUGCGGGGGGUCCGUGCUCUACGGCACAGCCAGGGUAGUGCCCAGCUCCUGUCCGCUGUGCGGGGGAAUGGGUGGUGCUCAUGUUCAUCGCCACUGGGACACUGUGUUACAGGCAGGUGCCGUCUGAGCGGGACUCUCAGACAUGCUAAGCUGCAGCAGUCUGACCCUGAGCUCAGGGUCAGCCCAAUUGGAGCAAAACUGUUUCACAAGACAUUUAUUUCCUGAAUUGGAUUACAAACAUAUUUUCCUUUACGUGGGGGGACGCCACUAACUGAAAGGCCUUGUGUUGGGAUCAUUGCUCUGUGCUUUGCAAACAGCACCUGCGAUCGCAGCAGCAGAAAGAAGAGCGAAGAAAUGUUUCUCUCUAUUUUGUCAGGUUACGUGGUGCAUUUGACAGCGCUCUGUGUAUAAUCAGGUUCCCUAUUUCCUCUCUGCAAUCAGCUCCUCGCAGAAUUCAGGAGAGCAAAACAUUUUAGAAAAUUAAGAAGAAAAAAAAAGUGUGUUUGGUUUUUUUUUUUUUAAAGCCCACAAUAAUUGGCACCUUUUAGUAGCUGAGCUUGUUUGUUUUGUCUUGUUGAUUUGAUUACAAGUUGAUGGUGACUUGGCAUUGGUGUGCAGUGCUGAGAGCAGUCGUGUCCUCAGCAGGUGCUGUGGGGCAGAGGUGCAUCUUCACCCGUCACUGAAGCACCUGGUGCUCGUCUUGGCAGAAAAAAAGACUCAAUGCGUGAAAUUGAGGGUGUGAGGGAAAAGUAGCACCUGGGUGAAACAGACAGUUGGUUCCCUCUCUAAACUGAGGGAAAUUUGAAAGGGAAAAAGAAAGCACAAAUCAGUAGUCCUGUACUUUUAUCCUGGCUUCUCCAAAUCGCCUUGGUUCUGGGGAAAGCCUGCUGCUGCCGGGAGAGAAGAGAUGGCUCUUUUUUCUUUUUUUUUUCUUUUUUUUUUUUUAAAGGUUUCGUGACUGUGAAAAACAUCCUGCAGGCUAGUGCUGGCUGUAAUCAGUGUAGGAUCGAUCCAAAGCUUUCUCCUGGAGUCUGUGGAAGGCCGUGAACAGCAUCCGAGUAACCAAGUAACUCUGCCUGCUUGUCUUCAUGGGUUACUAAACCUUGAACUUGGUGAUUUCCCUCUGCGUCAAGUGUGACGUUGCGCAUUUACCUUGUGAAACUGCAGAGACUCUGCGAGCGUUUGCGUGAAUUGCCAAAUGAAUGAAGAGCAACAUAUUUUUGUUGUCCUGGGCCACUUUUCUCCAGAAGAAGGCUGAAUGCAACACCUGCAAUGCUGCUGCAUUGUUGUCAUCUGUUUUCAGGUCUUGGCCUCUCCUCAAGCUUCUUCCUGCUAGUGGGAUCGAGGCAAUCAUCUGGCUUUUUCACUUGGAAGAUCUGGCUGCGUGUCAGAAGGAAACCUGAUUGUCCAGUGGGUCGUCCAGUGCAUUUUUGAUGCAAGCUGUUCUUAAUUAUCCCCAUAAUAUACUAAACCUGAAUUUUUGAUCCCCCUUUUUCUUUUGUGUCCUGCUAGCUUAAUUCUGCUGAAGAACGGCUGCUCCGUUUCACUCUCUGGUUGGGAUGUGCCAACAAGAGCCUGCAGUGCUGCCUUUGCAGUUGACCAGGAGGUUAUUUGUAGAAGAGGAUGUAUAGUUUAAAUCAAGGCUUCAGUCGGUAUGAGAAGAUCCACCCAGGAGUGCUCCAGCAGCGUUCUGUCAGCAGGGUUGUCCUACAGGGCUGGUUGCAGCCCUCUGUGCGAGCGAAGGCUUGCAGAACUGGACCUGCAGCUUUGCUGGGCCUCCGUGUGAUUUAUGUGAAAGGGUUCCCAUAGGCACGGUGGUAAUUUUAUGGUAGUGUGUGAAGUGGUGUGAUCUGCUGCUUUCCAGCAGCUGCUCGUGCCCUCAGCUCCCCAGCAGCUGGAGAGCAGUGCUCUCCUCUCCCCCAAGGGCACGUGCAGCGUUUGCGACUUCUUCUUGGUGAAAGGUGAACAAUGAAAAAGGUGUUCACGGAGUCUUAGUGUUACUUGCUUCAUACUGGAGAUGCAGGAGAAGUGAGUAUUUAAAGUGACUUUAAAAUGCCAUGGAUUAUAUGGGUGUUCCCUGUAGGGAAGGUAACGUCCCAGUUGUCCAGGGGAAAUUUUAAAGUGACAAGAGGAACUUGCAAUGGGAAGAUGAGGUGGUGGCUUCUGCUGCGCUGUUCCUUUAUGCUGUGAUCUGUUACGGCGUUUCGCUGUCCUUCCUGGUGCUGUUUGCCAAGCGAGCUCAUGUCAGGAACUGUCCUUGCCUCACGGCUCGGAAAUGAUCAGACCGAUAGGUUUUCUUUUUACUGUGGCACAUAAUUCUGAGUUCAGAGCUUUACAGUUUUGUUUUGAAAAGAUCUUGAAGAAAAGUGAGAAGCAACCUAGGAACUCCUCACCUUUUUUUUCUCCCUUAAUCCACAAGGUAAAACAUACAACCCUGGCAUGCCAUUUGUUUUAUUUGUGAGUUCCUUGUCAUAAAGGAAUGGUAGGGAGGAGUGGUGCAUAAAAAUCAUCCCUUUUUGCUAUUUUUUUCCAUAAUCAGAUUGUUCUAUGUGUCUUUACAUCUGAUUUCUAAAAAGAAAGAGUGUGUCGGGCUUGAUCCGCCGGCCGUGCGCUGCUGGCCAGGUUGUCUCCCUGGACAGGCAGUCCCCAUCUCCUGCAUUUAUCUGGAAUAUUUUAGAACAUUUUAGCUGCAGUGAAAAAUAUUUGUGCCAAAGCAAGUGAGCCGAUCCUGACAACAAAUCUGGCGCUCUGUGUGUGUGUGCCUUCAUGGAGUCCUGAGGGAAAUGGAAGUGAGAGAGAGCGACCGGCAGCUCUUGCUUGAGAGGAGCCCGUGGAGGAGCACAGUCCUGGGAGUGGGGGAGCCGUGGCCCCGCUCUCCCACGUGCCCCAAUACCGGGGUGGCGGCUGGUGUUUGAGCAGAUCCCCCCCAAAGCAUCUUUCUGAGGAAGCCAUGCUUAAUAUUACCUUCUUAAAGCUAUAUGUAAAUCCUCCUGUAGUUCACAGCCCUGUGUCUGAUCAGAUCCAGGAACGCUGGUCUUGACAACAGGGAGGCAUUUCUAACCCUGCUGCUGAGACAGAGUUGCUGCACACCAAGGAUUUUGUCUUUGGUGAGCUCAGUGCUUGUCUGUGCUGUAUCACGCUGGGUCCCCAGGGAGAUCCACCCAGGCUGCUGCCUCGUCUGGCCCAUUACAUCCCAAGUAUCUACUUUUUAGCUCCUUUCGUACCCUCUGUUUGUAAGCAUCCUUCCUCUCUGCAGCAAAUGCCUGAAAACAAGCCCUCUUUUGGCUUUCCUUGCCCUUCUUCCCUUUUCUUCUUCUAUCAAAGGAGACAAGUGGGAGUGUUGCUGUAGCUGAUAGUUAAUGCUGUGGAGUAGAGGGGGAUGAUGAGGGGAGAGUGACUCUGCAGGAGAAGACAGCAGCAGCCAGUGAGCCACUUCCCUCCACGACUCGUGAGCGAGCUCCCGGCGGCCGAGUACUCCAUGUUCAAGCUGGGCUCAGUUUACUAUCCGUGCUUGUGUCUCCUUUCAGGAAUGGAUAAUCAGACGGUGCUGGCUGUGCAGUCCUUACUGGAUGGUCAGGGAGGUGUGACGGAUCCAUCUGCUCAGAAUGUCAACUCCACCGCCGCCAUCCAGUCGAUGGAUGAUGAAGACGUGUUCCUCUGUGGGAAGUGUAAGAAGCAGUUCAACUCACUGCCUGCCUUCAUGACCCACAAGAGAGAGCAGUGCCAGGGAAAUGCCCCUUCCCUCUCCACGGUCUCACUGGCCACCAACAGUGUGUACACCCCCUCCAUCACAUCAGUGCAGCAGGCCCCGAGUGCCAGCCGGCAGCAAAUUUCUACGUACAUCACCGUUCCCCCAUCGCCUUUGAUCCAGACCCUGGUGCAGGGGAACAUCUUAGUUAGCGAUGAGGUGCUGAUGUCAGCCAUGUCUGCUUUUACAUCCUUGGACCAGCCCAUGCCAACGGUGCAGCCCCCAGCGCAGAGCAGCUUGAGUAUGCACGCUGGGGCUGGCUACCUCUCCCAGCCCCCCCCACCUCCGCCUCCCCCGCCGCCACCCCCUCCUCAGCCUCCGCCGCCUCCCCCUCCGAGCAUGGGGGCUCCGGGGCCACCCAGCGCUGGCGGCAGCGGGGUGGUUGAAGUGUACAGUGCGCCCACUGCUAUGGCAGCAAACAGCACGGUGGAGAUCCAGACGCUGGGGAUGCAGCCCUACCCGCCCAUGGAGGUACCAAGCCAGUGUGUGGAAAGUCCCGUGUACCCUUCUCCUCCUGUGUACAGCCCUGGGAAGCAGGGGUUCAAGUCCAAGAGCACCAGCACUCCCACACCUCUGACCAGCACAGGAGGAGGUGGUGUGGUUGGUUUUGAUUCCACCUCUGCUGCCAAAAGUCGGCGCUGCAAAAACGAGAGCGGGCUGCAGGAAGGCAAACCCAAGUCCCCCAAGCUGAAGUGCACGUACUGCGAAAAGGCCUUUACCAAGAACUUCGACCUGCAGCAGCACAUCAGAAGUCACACAGGUGAGAAGCCCUUCCAGUGCAUCGUGUGUGGCCGAGCCUUUGCCCAGAAGUCCAAUGUGAAGAAGCACAUGCAAACCCAUAAAGUGUGGCCUCCAGGGCUGGGAUGCACCAUCUCCCGCAACUCCAUCACAGUGCAGGUCAUGGCCUUGAACCCCAACCAGCCAGAGGACGAGGAGAACACAGGUUUGGCUCAGCCCACAAGAAACCCUGUACCACCACCCCAAGACCUGAGCCCCUUGGACGAGAGUGAGGCGGGCAAACUGGAAGCCAAGCAGGUUGUCUUGAUCGAUAGCUCUUACCAGUGCCAGUUCUGUCCCAGCAAAUUCAACACCUAUUUCCAGCUCAAAUCACACAUGACACAGCACAAGAAUGAACAGGUGUACAAAUGCGUGGUGAAGACCUGCGCUCAGACCUUCCAGAAGCUGGAGUCCUUCCUUGAGCACAUCAAGAGCCAUCAGGAGGAGCUGAGUUAUCGCUGCCACCUCUGCAGCAAGGACUUCCCCUCCCUGUACGAGCUGGGUGUCCACCAGUACUCCCACAGCCUGCUGCCCCAGCACAGCCCCAAGAAGGACGUGGCCGUGUACAAAUGUGUGAAGUGUGUAAAUAAGUACUCCACCCCGGAAGCCCUGGAGCACCAUCUGCAGACAGCAACGCACAACUUUCCCUGCCCUCACUGCCAGAAGGUGUUCCCCUGCGAGAGGUACCUGCGCCGCCACAUCCCCACGCAUGGUGGGGGCAGCAAGUUCAAAUGCCAGAUCUGCAAGAAGUUCUUUCGGCGGGAACACUACCUCAAGCUGCACGCCCACAUCCACUCAGGUGAAAAGCCCUUUAAGUGCUCAGUGUGUGAUGCAGCUUUCAAUCGGAAAGACAAACUCAAACGACAUAUGCUGAUCCAUGAGCCUUUUAAGAAAUAUAAAUGUCCCUUCUCAAGCCACACGGGCUGCAAUAAAGAGUUCAACAGACCUGACAAGCUGAAGGCUCAUAUACUGUCCCAUUCGGGGAUGAAGAUCCACAAGUGCCAGUACUGUAACAAGUCUUUCAGCCGACGAGCUCACAUGAUAGAGCAUCAGCGCUCACACACCGGCAACUACAAAUACCGCUGCCCCACCUGCAGCAAAGGCUUCACGCGCCACAAGUACAUGAAGGACCACAAGUGCCGGCUGGGCUCACCCAAGGACAAAGACCUGCAGCUCAGGAAGCCCCAGAAGAAGCGGGUGGCGCGGGGGCGCAAGGCGGGCCUUUCCCUCCCCAACCCGCUGGGUCUGGCAGAGCUGAAGGACGGUGCUGCCGGGGAAAGCCCCCCCGAAGGCGGCCCUAACAAAGAACCGUUCCAGGAGUCGGAUGCAGUCCUGUCCAUCGUGGUUGGUGGGUCGGGAGCUGCUGACUCAGACCUUGUCGUUCCUGGGCAGCCCAACAGCAUUGCGUCCAAUUUGGCCCUGGCAGAACUGCAGGCUGCCUCGGACGGCCCCUGCACCAUGCUGGCUGUCCCAGUUUACAUCCAAACGACAGAGUGAUAAUGGUAGAGCCACUGUGUGGCUGAGGGCUGCUGCGGGGGCUGUCAGACUUGGUGCUGAAAUUUAUCCCAGUGAAAAAGACCAAAGCUCUUGUGGGGAGGUAGAUGGAUAUGGGAGAGAAUGGCUUUCAUCUCCACUUGUUCUUCCCAUCUUUGGGCAGAGGACUGCUUGGAAGCCACCGACGGCUACAAGGCACUGAAGAGAAUGGCUCCAUUAUUUCUUGUCCCUCUGUGUCACUGGUCAGCCUAGGGCAAGAAGGACUAAGAUCCCUGAAUCAGGGUAAGAAGAAGGAGCAUGCAAACUUGCAACAAACAGAGCUGCUGAAAUCAGGUGGCUUUGCAAAUCACAGCCUGUCCCAUCUGUGGUUUUUCUGGCCUAAAAGCUGUAUUGCCCAGUAUUUGGGUGGCCUUUCCGAGAGCAAACAAUUGAUCCUUCCUAGUGGAAGCAAGUUCAUCAUGAGAUCCUUUGGGAACACUGUUCAGAAAUACCCUGAUAGACUUAUCUCUGGUAUCUUUCUCCUCUCUGUCUUUACCAGUAGAAAGAUGACCUUGUCUGUACUACAUGUGUUAUAAACACCAUG